GAUAAAGUUGUCAUACACGACACGAGCGACAACGACCCCGCCGCCGCCGAGCGAACGACCACGACCCGAGCGAACGAUCAGCCCCGCUCCUCUGUGAGCCCCGCAGCCCUGGGGCGCAUCGAACAUCUGCUGUCAAACAUGGCUGAAAGUGGGUCGGAUAGUAGCCCACCAAACGAGCCUUAUAAAGUGACACACUCCGGCCCUAGGGAAGUGACAAUUACAAAGACUGAAACGGGAUUCGGCUUCAACGUCCGCGGCCAAGUCAGUGAGGGUGGGCAGCUCCGGAGCAUCAAUGGAGAACUGUACGCGCCCCUUCAGCAUGUCAGCGCCGUCCUGGACGGGGGCGCUGCCGAGAGGGCUGGGGUGCGCAAAGGGGACCGCAUUUUGCAAGUCAAUGGAGAAAAUGUUGAAGGUGCCACCCACAAGCAGGUGGUGGAUUUAAUAAAGUCUGGAGGGGAUGUUCUUACCUUAACAGUAAUAUCAGUCACUGCCCAAGAGGCUGAGAGAUUAGAGCCAGCUGAAGAGGUAGCAGGUUACAAUUAUUUUGACUAUAGUGAGAAACGCUCAUUGCCUAUAUCUGUCCCAGACUACCACUACGUAGAGAAAAAUGGAGAUAAAUUUGUGGUUUUUAAUAUUUAUAUGGCUGGAAGACACUUGUGCUCAAGAAGGUAUAGAGAAUUUUCCAAUCUACACUUAGCCCUCAAAAAGGAGUUUAUUGGAUUUGCUUUUCCAAAGUUACCUGGAAAAUGGCCCUUCAAUUUAAGUGAACAGCAACUGGAUUCUCGGCGUAGAGGACUUGAACAGUACUUGGAAAAAGUAUGUGCCGUGAGAGUUAUUGCUGAAAGUGAUAUUGUUCAAGAGUUCUUGGCAGACACUGAUGACGAGUUGGGAAAUACAUCUCCUGUGGAUUUGAAAGUACAACUCCCUGACAAAAAUGUUGUUACUGUUUCAAUGCCUAAAAAUGCAACUGCUGAGGAUGUGUUUCAUGCUGUAAUGGAACGUAUUCAUUUGCAAAAAAGUUCAUCAAGAUACUUUUACUUAUUUGAAACUGUAGAAGACAUGUUUGAUCGCAAACUGUUGCCAACUGAAUAUCCUCACAAUUUAUACAUCCAAAACUUUACUACUGCCUCACCAACAUGCCUGUGUGUUAAAAAAUGGCUGUUUUCUCUGCCUCGAGAGCUUGCACUCUCAGCUGAUGACUAUGCCACAACAUUUAUCUUCUGGCAAGCAGUUGAGGAUGUCAACAGAGGUCAUGUGCGAGCUUUGGAUCGUCUUUAUCAGCUAAAAGCUCUACAGGAUUCCUCACGCAAAAAUGAGUAUUUGAGACUUGCAAGAGAAUUACCAGGUUAUGGAGAAAUUGUUUUCCCACAUUGCCCUUGUGAUUCCCGUAAGGAAGGCCAUGUAAUGGCAUCAGUGGGUACUGGCUCAUUUAAGCUUCAUGCUUGCCAAAAGGAUGGAGUCUUGGAGUCUCAGGUAGUAGAAUUUCUCUGGCCUGAUAUUAAGGAGUGGGAAGUCGAUGAGGAAACAAUGGCAUUCUGCUUUCAAUAUCAACGCCCAGAUAAGAAACCUCGAUGGGUGAAAAUUUUCACACCCUAUUACAUAUUCAUGUUGGAUUGCUUUGAUCGACUACUAGAAGAGAGUAAAUGGGCUGACACUGGAGAAUGAGACCCUACGUUCCAAUAUCUGUGAUAGUUCCUAGGUAUAGCUAAAUCCUAUCAUGUAGUAAGCUUUUUUUUCUUCUCCCUCCUCCCUCCACUCUGGCUUUAUUUCAUAUUAGUUUAUCAAGUUCCCACAUAUUUCACAGUGCAUCACGCCUUAGCUACUUGCCCUCUGAAAUGUUGUUGCUAUUGUUGUUAUUGUUGUGUUGGAGGCUGUGAAUUUUUGAAUAUUUGGAUCCUUCUGGAUAUUGUUAAGACGGACGUUGGUCUGUGAAGUUUCAAUUGUAUUUCAUCAGAGACCAUUUUAGAAGGAAAAGGUUGAAUAAGGGUUAACUUCAUUCUAAAUGUUAUAUUUUUUUUAGGGUUUCCUGAACUGAUCUGUUAAUGAUGUUUAUCAUAUAUUUGACUUAUGUUGGUAGUUCCAAUUUUUGGUUUUAACUUUACUUGUAGCUGGUUUUAAAAAAAUACUUCAUUGUCAGGAAUAUUUUAAAAAAAUCGAUAAAUUGUAAGAAGCAAAUGAGGAGAAGCAUAAAGGAAUAUUUCAGAUUCAGGCAGUAACAUAUUUCUGAAUGCUUAUUUGUUUCCUUUUUGUAUGUUUUGAUAUGCAAAUUAACUCAAAUAUUUGUUCACUUCUGAAUGAAUCUGACCAUGAGUGCUGAAAAUUCUGUGAGGUUUGUAAGAACUUAACAGUGAAACUGGUAACUCUUCUAUUAACACCUGUUGAGUGCUCUGAUAGUGGAAAUCCUCUUUCUUCUUGCAACUGUUUCCACCCCAUUGGUCCAUACUGUAUCGCAGUUCCAUGUGAAGUGAGAUGUAAAAGAGAAGUCACUCUGAGGGAGGGGUUUACAAAAUUUCUGUGCCAUCUUAAAAGAGUCCAGGCUGUGCUAGAAUUUAGCUUUGUUCAGCACAUCAGCAUAGCAUGGAAUUUUUCAUAUUCAUGCUUUUUUCAUUAACAUAUUUAUUUUUAUUCUCUGCUGUUCUACUUUUUAUUCAGUCUUGUAGAUGAGUUAUGGUCAAACGAAUCAUAACAAUGGCUUUAGAUAAUUUUUUGUUAGUAGAUAUUUAUUUUUAUCUCCUUUUAUCCCUGAAUAUUUUAGCCUUGUAGUCUUGUUUAGGAAAUUGUAUGAUUUUCAUUUAAUCAUUUUUUUUAGUAUAAGUAUGUUCAACUCCAGGCUUGAAAGUAUGCUCUGGUAGAAUCUGAUGCUAUCACUUUUACAUGGUUAUCCCUCAGUCGAAACCUUUUACCUGAAGCAUGAAGUGGGUCUCUAAGGCUUGGCUGAGGAGUGAGCAAGUUUGAGAGGCUAAUGGUGUUGCUUGCUUGCUUGCUAACAACUUGAUUUCCAUUUGGUGCUGAGGCAAGACAAGCCAGUCCAAUUCCAUUUAUAGGCAAUCAAUAAAUUAAUUUCUCCCAAGAAAGUAGAACUGAUCAAUCAGCAUUUUCAUUGAUAUUUAGCUUUAAUUUUUGUUUGUUAUUACAGUAUAUAAUCGAGACAGCAUCAUGACAGUGCUGUGUCAUUGAAACAGAAGUAUUCUAUCAACUCUGAGUACCACAUUCCUUCUCUGUGUUCCUUCUCUGAAAGUUAUAGAGUUUGUCCAACUUUUCAGAUUGCACGUUUAAUAGGCUGUUUUAGGCUUGAACUAUUAUGUGUGUGGUUAUUAACACAAUGCAGAGUCUAUGAUAUUAUUGUUCUAAAAUGUAGGUCUUUUACCUUGAUUUUUGUCUCACAGUCUUCUCCCUCUGCACUGCUUUUGAUAUAAAAAUGUAUGAAAUCUCUCAUCUAAUUCUCUAGAAUGUGGCAGAACCUAUGGUAAAGUCCCAUGGCUUCUUUUAUUUUAAAGCAAUUUUAAAAAUUAAUUUUGCUUUGAAGUAAUUGUAAUGGUGCACUUUUUCUUGUAUGCAUUAAUGGCAACUUCUCUUCACUAAGUGAAAUGUGAACCAUGUGAUAGUUAUUGGAAUAAUUAUUACAACCAUUAAAGUAUUGGGAACAUUGUUAUAGUU